AAAAUAGGUUAACAGAAAUACUGUCAAAUAUUCUUAAGAGAUGAGAAUGAUCAUUGAUGUAAUUGCCUGCUAGUACUGGUAGUCGUAUCCACAGAUUACAUUUUAUAUACACUAGUUUGCUAGUUUGGACUUUAAACUUUGAUCAGAGGAAAAAUAGAUAUUUCUUAUUAAAUGUUAUUAGAAUAAAAUCAAAAAUGUCACAGCCACAAAGAAGGGCGGUUUUGAACCUUUACAAAACGCUGUUAUUUUUAGGAAGAGAUUGGCCACAGGGUUACGAAUUAUUUAGAAAACGUUUACAUAAUGUUUUUCUUAGAAAUAGUGAGGAAACUGAUUCAAACAAAAUUGAUAUGAUGUUGAAACAUGGUCAAUUCGUCGUUAAGGAAAUAGAAGCUCUUUAUAAGUUGAAAAAGUACAGAGCAAUGAAACGAAGAUAUUAUGAUGACAAUUAACUUUAACAUAAUGUUUCACGGUAUGUACAUGUUGUUUCUUAAAUAUGAUUAAAAUUCAUCGCUUCUAAAUGCUGCAUAUGUAAAUUUAUACAAAAAUAAAAUUAAUACUAAGGUAAUGAAAGGGAUUAAUUUUAAGAUGUCAAUUAUAUCAAUAAAAAUAUAUGUAAGAUAAUUCUUAGAAGUGAAAAAAUAUAUAUAAUUUUGGCUUUUAAAAAUGUGAUAGUAAAUAAAUGGAUGUAUUAAAUAAUUUAUCUAUUCUUAUUGUUUUAUUAAAUGUAUAUGGGAAAGAAAUAGACUUUGUUUGUAAAUUUUUAUAUAUGAAAUGUGAUAUAUGUUGGCUAUAGAUCACGAGCAUAUGUUCAACGUUCUAUAUUCAAAAAUUUUAGAAUUUUAUGAAUUAAAUAAAUAAAACUAAAAACAUCUAUGUAUUUUUGUAUUAUAGAUUUUUUUAUAAUUCACAGUACAUUAUCAUUUUAAACUAGAUUAAAUAAUAACAGUAUACUAAAAGAUGUCUAACUUUAAAUAAAUCAUAACAAUAUUAUAAGACAUUUGUUUUAUUUAACUGGCGAGUGAUAUGAUAGUUUUGUUGAUGAGUUUCAUGAUUUUAUCAUUAUGUACAUAUGAUUCUUGACAUUAUGAAUUCAGUUAUAUGAGAAAUCAUCACUUUUUCUGGUUGAUAAUCACUUUAUAUUUAAUUUUGUUAAGAUAAAAAUACUGAUUAUCACAAAUACAACAUUUUUGUCAAAAUA